GGAAGGCUCCUCCCAGGAGCCCUGGGCCUGGCUCCCACCUGGACACAGGCAGCACUGAAGACAUGGGCAAGAGCCUUCCUCGGUGCCUGGGGCGGCUGGACAUCCGCAAAAGUGUAGUGGGCCUGGCCACGGGCGCGGGGGCCAUCUACCUGCUCUACAAGGCCAUCAGGGCCGGCAUCAAAUGCAAGCCGCCCCUCUGCACCACCUCGCCCAUAUGCAUCGCCCGUGAGUGUCCGGGCCCUGGGGAGAGGGCUGUGCCCCAAGAGGCAGCUGCUCCCGAGGCCGCCCCUGUGGGAGAGGCUGAAGGCCUAGCAAUCGAGCGAGAGUGCUACGGGCGGGACUCGGGGGAGCUGCGGAGACUCCUCAACUCCUUGGAGUGCAAGCAGGACGAGUACAGCAAGAGCAUGAUCCUGCACAGCGUCACCCGCUGUGUGUACUUGCUGGAGGCCGAGGCCUCCGCUUGUACCACCGAUGACAUCAGGCUGUUGGGUGACUUGCUGGAUGACAGCAACACCAGUGUCAAAAUCCAAGCUUUGAACGCACUGAAAGCUUUCUCUGGCAUCCGGAAAUUCAGGCUCAAAAUCCAGGAGCACACCAUCAAGGUGCUGGAGCUGAUCUCCACCAUCUGGGACACGGAGCUGCACAUUGCGGGCCUCAGGCUUCUCAACAACCUUCCCCUGCCGGACUUCGUGCACCCGCAGCUGCGGCGGGUGAUGCCCGCCCUCGUGGAGAUCGUGCAGUCAGACCACGUCCUGACGCAGGUCCAAGCCAUACGCCUCAUGAGCUAUCUGGCACAGAAGAACGAUCUUCUCUACGACAUUCUCAACUGCCAGGUGCACUCUGACUUCCUGAACUUGUUCCAGUCCACGCAGCCAGGAAGCCUGCUGUUGGAGGUACUGGUGUUUGCUGAACGGCUGAGUGAGGGCCGGAAUUCGCCCCACUACCGUGCGGUGAAAUGGCAUUACAACCAGCAGUCCCUGCACGAAGCCCUCUUUGGGGAUGAGUCCCGCCUGGCAGACCGGCUGCUGGCCCUGGUCAUCCACCCCGAGGAGGACGUUCAGAUCCAGGCCUGCAAGGUCAUCGUCAGCCUGCAGUGUCCCCAGGACUUGAGAGUCCGGCCCUCCUCCUACCAUCCCAGUCAUUCCUACUUUAAAAGCAGGGAAUAAAAUUAAGAAGAACCAAUAAAUGCUCCGAGAGUCUGUCUGGCCCUCCAGGGCUGGGU